GAUGUCACUUAUCCAAUAAUUGUGCAGCUUCCUGGGUUUCUGGAGACACUUUCCAGGAAAGUACACCUCCCUGCUAGUGUUUUCCCCACCUCCAUACUCUUGCUCCAUAGACUUCCUUGCUGUAAUAUGACCCUUGCGGGUUAAUCCUCCCAGGACACCCAGUUUCAUUCAGGUCUGUUCCGUAACACUCAGUCGCACAUUACAUCAAGGCAGCCUUCUUGGGUGCAGGAGAGACAGGAAGGAAAAGAGGACAGGAAGGUUCAUGGAUUUAAUAUGGAACACUUUUUCUACGGUGGAAAGAACGCUCUUCAAAGAAACAUCUCUGCCAAAGGAGACUACAGAUUUAAUCAGCACAGCUGGUUACGAUGGCAUCAUUCAGCACCUCAACGACGGCAGGAAGAACUGCAAGGAGUUUGAAGACUUUUUGAAGGAAAGGGCAUCUAUAGAAGAAAGAUACGGCAAGGACCUGAUUAAUUUAUCGCGGAAGAAACCCUGCGGGCAGACAGAGCUGAACACCCUGAGAAGAGCUCUUGAGGUUUUUAAGCAACAGGUGGACAGCGUUGGGCAGAGCCACAUCCAGUUGGCCCAAACGUUGCGCGAAGAGGCGAGGAAGAUGGAGGACUUCCGGGAGAAGCAAAAGCUGCAUCGCAAAAAGAUCGAACUUAUAAUGGAUGCUAUUCACAAAAACCGGAAUCUGCAGUACAAGAAAACCCUGGACGCCAAGAGGCUGUAUGAGCAAAGGUGCCGGGACAAGGACGAGGCGGAGCAGGCCGUCCACCGGAGCGCCAACCUGGUCACGCAGAAGCAGCAGGAAAAGCUCUUCGUGAAACUGGCUCAGACAAAGACAGCCCUGGAAGAUUCGGACAGGGUGUAUCAGACGAACGUUGGUGCCCUGGAGAAGAUCAGGGAAGAAUGGAAGAAUGAGCAUGUCAAGGCGUGUGAGUUCUUCGAGAGCCAAGAGACCGAAAGGAUAAACUAUUUCCGGAAUGCUCUGUGGCUCCACGUCAACCAGCUCUCUCAGGAGUGUGUCAAGAACGACGAGAACUACGAGGAGAUCCGCAAGAGCCUCGAGCAGUGCAGCAUUGAGAAGGACAUCGAGUUUUUUGUGAAUGCCCGCAAAACCGGCACCAUUCCACCAAAUCCAGUGGUCUACGAAAACUAUUACAACACGCAGAAGAAUGCAGCGCCAGGGAGAAAUCAAGCCCCCGCCCCUGGGAGGAGGCCAAAGCUACCUAUUCCUUCCAGCGGGCCAUUAGACCCCGAAUACUCCACAGUGGAUGGAUACAGUUUAAUACAUCACCACUAGCCCAGAGAGUAUCUUGAAGCCGUUCUGCCCAGCUGCCCCUCCCUGAGGAAAGCAAGAAAGAAAAGCC